CUUCACAGCUCGUAAUAUUACCUGUUGGCCGACAUUGAUCACCAGGGUCCCAGGCGGCUAAACUAGUUUCAUUUAAAUACUUUAAGAGCAAAAGUUAAGCGCAUACUGCAUAAGUGAACCUAUAUUCUAAAUGAUGAAGAUCUCAUAUUUCAUUUCGUUUAUUGUUAUUUUAUCUUUGGAGAGAAACGCACUUAGUGCGGAGGACGCGAGAGAGUCAUCUGAAGCGAAAGCGAGAACCACCGAGUACGAGAAUGAUAACAGCGGACUCAGGCAAUAUAGAUUCAAGUUCCACACAACAAACGACAUCGAGCGCUCAGAGUCUGGCCGGCUGGACGACGACGGCUCGUAUAUUGUGGAAGGGUUCUACUCCUUCGUAGCUGACGAUGGGAAGAAGUACUUUGUCACGUAUGUCGCUGACAAAACUGGGUACCACCCGACUGUGGUGUCUCCUGAGGAUGUCGUCCAGAUAAAUGUAGAUGCUGAAGAAAUACCGACGCUGCAAGCGCCUGGUAUUCCUCAAUCUGGCGUGUCCAGUCAUGUGGUGGCCACUCUGCUUGGAUAGAAAAUAUAUGAAAACAUCGGUUUGAGCAUUAUUACCUCGCUAUGGAAGUACCAUUAACAUUGAUAAGAAGUGCCCAUAAGUAAAUCUCUAUCUACCCAUAGUGUAACAAAAAAUGAGAUGUACCUACACCAAAAUGUAUUGAUCAACAACGACAAAAGUAUUGUGUAAUGGAUCUCAAAAGAUUAAAUUCGCUCCUACAA